AUUUCCUGACUAUGCAGGAGCGUUUCUAUUUUAGUAAGUUGAAGCUGUACAGACAGAAGCAAGUCUAAACCUUCUGCAGAUCUGAGGGUACAAAACAAGCAUCACUGAAGUAACUUUAUAGUGCAUAAAGGGAUCAUGUUUUAAGAGGAGAAAAAAAUGAAUAAAUACAAUCAUAGUCAAAACAUUAUGCACCCAGAAGAGUACAGGAUUGCAUCACUUGUCUUUUACAGUUUUAUAUUCAUAAUUGGCUUGCUAGUGAACAUCACUGCACUAUGGGUCUUCAGCUGCACCACCAAGAAAAGAACAACUAUAACAGUCUAUAUGAUGAAUGUCGCAUUACUUGACUUAAUUUUUAUAUUUUCCGUACCUUUUCGGAUAACCUACUAUGCAAAAGAAGCUUGGCCAUUUGGAGAUAUAUUCUGUCGGAUUCUUGGUGCUUUCACUGUGUUUUAUCCAAGCAUUGCUCUGUGGCUGCUUGCUUUUAUAAGUGUUGAUAGAUAUAUGGCUAUUGUCCAGCCCAAACACGUCAAAGAACUUAGGAAUACAAGGAAAGCUCUGCUAGCUUGCAUUGGUAUCUGGAUAAUGACCCUUGCAUCAACAUCCCCUUUGCUAUUUUUAUAUUCGGAUCCAGAUAAAGCCUCAAAUUUUACUACCUGCAUGAAGAUGCUCGAUAUCAUCCAUCUAAAGGAAGUCAAUAUGUUAAAUUUUUCUCGUCUGAUUUUUUUUUUCUUGAUUCCCCUGUUUAUCAUGAUUGGAUGCUAUCUAGUCAUUAUUUACCAUUUUGUCCAUGGCAGGACUUCCAAACUGAAACCCAAAGCUAAGGAAAGAUCCAUAAAAAUUAUAGUUACUCUGAUCGUGCAAGUGCUUGUCUGCUUUGUGCCCUUCCACAUUUGUUUUGCCUUCCUGAUGCUGCAAGACGAAGACCAGAGUUACAAUCCAUGGGCAGCCUUUACCACCUUUCUCAUGAAUCUCAGUACGUGCUUAGAUGUUAUUCUGUACUAUAUUGUUUCUAAACAAUUUCAGGCUAGAGUUAUAAGUGUCAUGCUUUAUCGCAACUAUCUUCGAAGCGUGCGCAGGAAGAGUUUUCGAUCUGGGAGUUUACGGUCACUAAGUAAUAUAAACAGUGAAAUGAUAUAAACAAAAUUAGAAGAUACUUAUAAUGGGGCCAAGUGACUUUCACUGAAGUUUGACAUUUCAACUUGGUUGUAUUCAAGAAUGCUCUGGAGUUGGCAAUAUUGGGACACAUUAGAUCUGUGGGACAAGCGGAAUACCAAAAAGACUUAAAAUAUUAAUGUUUCAUCAAUGUGUUUUACAUUUUUCUCAGUAAAUCCAGGAGAACUAAGAUAUUCAUGAUCUACCAUCUGGGUGUAGCAGGCAAAUAAAUAUAUUGUCCAUGAUGUACUGCCUCUCAAUCAAAUGUAAAUAUUUCCAGGUGUAAAAAAGUCAAUGUCCAUGCUAGUGUAUAUACAAUUUAAAUAAAGCACAUGCAGAAUGUCAGUGUGACCACUAGUUAACCUAUCUGCUUAUAUAUGAUGCAUUAAGAUUUUAUAUUUCCAUGCCAGACAGUAUAUGAAAUCAAAGAAUCUAUUAUAUUCAUAAGUUCAGCUUUUUACAGGAGAACAAAAACAUGAACUGAAGAGAAAGUUUAACUGAUAUUUACAUUUGGUUUACAUAAAAUCUCUUUUAUGUAGCAGUAUUUUGACACCCUAAAAUUAAUGAA